GAGCGCAGCCGCGCGGAGCCGGAGCAGCACGCGGGAGCGCGGCCCCGGCGCCGGCCGGCCAGAGGGAGUAGCGUCGCGCCCUGGUGCCGAGGGUGACCCGGGCCUGGAGCGCGGACCCGGGCCCUGAAAGCUACCCAGACCGAGCGCGGAUCACGGCCCUGAGAGCGGCCUCGCUCGACCCUGCUGCCGGGCCGCGGGCAUGGACGGCGCCCGUUCGCCCUAGAUGGACGACGAUGGCGGCCGCCGAAACGCCCCGGGCGCACUGAUGGAGGCCGGGCGCGGUGCGGGGCCCGCGGGCAUGGCGGAGCCCGCGGCAGUGCCGCGGGUGCGGGCGGCGCGGCCGGGGCCCCAGCGCUUCCUGCGGCGCAGCGUGGUGGAGUCUGAUCAGGAGGAGCCGCCGGGCCUGGAGGCUGCCGAGGCGCCGGGCGCGCAGCCCCCGCAGCCGCUGCAGCGCAGGGUGCUGCUGCUAUGCAAGACGCGCCGCCUCAUCGCCGAGCGCGCCCGAGGUCGCCCGGCCGCCCCGGCGCCCGCCGCGCCUGCUGCGCCGCCGAGCAACCUUGCCGACCCCGGCCUGGAGCCGGCGGGAGCGCAGGAACCCGGCCCGGACCCCGCGCCCGCUCCCGUGCCCGCCCCCGACGGCGGUCCCCGAGAGGAGACAGCGGCCACGAGGAAGGAGGACACGGGGGCUCCCGAGGCCAGGCCGGAGCUCGGGCGCGCACGCCGGGAGGAGCCCGAGGAGGAGGAAGACGACGAGGACGACCUGAAGGCUGUGGCCACCUCCCUGGAUGGCCGGUUCCUCAAGUUUGACAUUGAGCUUGGCCGCGGCUCUUUCAAGACGGUCUAUAAGGGGCUGGAUACGGAGACCUGGGUGGAGGUAGCCUGGUGCGAGCUGCAGGACCGGAAGCUCACCAAACUGGAGAGGCAGCGGUUCAAGGAGGAGGCCGAGAUGCUGAAGGGCCUGCAGCAUCCCAACAUUGUGCGCUUCUAUGACUUCUGGGAGUCCAGUGCCAGGGGGAAGCGGUGCAUCGUGCUGGUGACCGAACUGAUGACCUCGGGGACACUGAAGACGUAUCUGAAGCGGUUCAAGGUGAUGAAGCCCAAGGUUCUACGUAGCUGGUGCCGGCAGAUCCUGAAGGGCCUGCUGUUCCUGCACACCAGGACGCCCCCCAUCAUCCACCGGGACCUCAAGUGUGACAACAUCUUUAUCACUGGGCCCACAGGGUCUGUGAAGAUCGGCGACUUGGGCCUGGCCACCCUCAAGAGAGCAUCCUUUGCUAAAAGCGUGAUAGGUACCCCCGAGUUCAUGGCACCAGAGAUGUACGAGGAGCACUACGAUGAGUCCGUGGACGUGUAUGCCUUCGGGAUGUGCAUGCUGGAGAUGGCCACCUCGGAGUACCCCUACUCAGAGUGCCAGAAUGCCGCCCAGAUCUACAGGAAGGUCACCUGUGGCAUCAAGCCAGCCAGCUUUGAGAAAGUGCACGAUCCUGAAAUCAAGGAGAUUAUUGGGGAGUGUAUCUGCAAAAACAAGGAAGAAAGGUAUGAGAUCAAGGACCUGCUCAGCCACGCCUUCUUCGCGGAGGACACAGGUGUGAGGGUGGAGCUGGCCGAGGAGGACCAUGGCAGGAAGUCCACCAUUGCCCUGCGGCUCUGGGUUGAGGACCCUAAGAAACUGAAGGGCAAGCCCAAGGACAACGGGGCCAUAGAGUUCACCUUCGACCUGGAGAGGGAGACGCCAGAUGACGUGGCACAGGAAAUGAUUGAGUCAGGAUUUUUCCAUGAGAGUGACGUGAAGAUUGUGGCCAAGUCCAUCCGUGACCGUGUGGCACUGAUCCAGUGGCGGCGAAAGAGGAUCUGGCCAGCGCUGCAGCCCCAGGAGCAGCGGGAGCUCGGCAGUCCUGACAAGGCCAGGGGCCCACCCACGCCCCUGCAGGUCCAGGUGACCUACCACUCGCAGGCCGGGCUGCCAGAGUCCGAGGAGCCCGAGGCCGACCAGCACCUCCUCACCCCUGCGCUGCCGGCCAGCGCCACCUCCCUGGCCUCGGAUAGCACGUUCGACAGUGGCCAGGGCUCCACGGUGUAUUCAGACUCGCAGAGUAGCCAGCAGAGUGUUGUGCUGGGGUCACUGGCAGACGGAGCGCCACCCCCCUCCCAGUGUGUGUGCAGCCCCCCUGUGAGCGUGAGUGAUGGGCCUGUCCUGCCACAUAGCCUGCCCUCCCUGGGGGCCUACCAGCAGCCUGCCACGCCUGGCCUGUCGGUGGGCUCUGUCCCACCCACCGCCCGCCCUCCGCUCCCACAGCAGCCUUUCCCAGAGCCAGCCAUGAGCUUCGCCCCUGUACUACCACCGCCCAGUGCCCCUGUGCCGACAGGCCCAGGCCAGCCCACAGCCCCUGCCCACCAGCCUUCUCUCCUGACCCAGCCGGUACCCUUGCCGCAGGUCCUGGCUCCACAACCCGUGGGCCCUCUGCAGCCAGCGCCCUCCCACCUGCCUCCGUACCUGGCUCCAACCUCUCAGGUGGUGGCCCCUGCUCAGCUGAAGCCCCUCCAGAUGCCUCCAGCGCCCCUGCAGCCACUUGCUCAAAUCCCCCCGCAGAUGCCUCCACUUCCUGUUGUCCCCCCCAUCGCUCCGCUGGCCACAGUUGACAGCCUCCCCACAGCCCUUCCUGACCUGCCAGCCACCAGUGGGCCCACCGUGCCUCCCCCGUCUCAGUAUUUCUCUCCAGCUGUCAUCUUGCCAAGCCUCCCACUCAGUGCCACCACUGCUCCCCUGCCUGCUUCGCCGGCUCUGCCUCUGCAGACAGUCAAGCUGCCUCACCCUGCUGGGGCACCGCUGGCUGUGCCAUGCCGGACCAUUGUGCCAAAUGUGGCGGCGACUGCCACCGCCAUCCCUCUGCUGGCUGUGGCCCCACAGGGUGUGGCCACCCUGUCCAUUCACCCCACUGUGGCCCAACUCCCGGCGCAGCCCGUGUACCCAGCAGCCUUUCCGCAGAUGGUGCCCAGCGACGUCCCGCCUUCUCCCCUCCACACAGCGCAGAGUGUGCAGGCUGCCGCUCCCCAGCCGACACCCCCCGUGCUGCCACAGCCCCACCAGCCGAGUGUUGCCCGCCUCCCGGAGCAGGCUGCUCCGGCUGCCAGUGCUGGAAGCCAGAUCCUGCUUGGCCACCCGCCUACAUAUGCUGUGGAUGUCACCACCCAGGUCGCCACAGUGCCCGCGCCUGCCGCCGUUCUCUCCCCACCUCUGCCAGAAGUGCUGUUGCCUCCUGCCCCCGAGCUCCUGCCUCAGCUCCCCGGCUCUCUGGCCCCCACAGUGAUGGCGGCUCCUCAGAGCGUGCCUGUCCAGACCGCUGCUUUCCUGCCGCCUGCUAACUUGCCGCUGCCCAGUGGGCCUGGGAUCCCUGGUCCCUGCCCGACCGUUCAGCUGACGGUGGAGCCAGCCCCCGAGGAGCAGGCCUCGCAGGACAAGCAGCCCAGCCUCCCUCAGAGCUGUGAGAGCUAUGGAGGCUCUGACGUCCCUUCUGGAAGAGAGAUGAGUGACAGCUGCGAAGGUGCAUUUGGUGGGGGAAAGCUGGAAGGCAAGGCCGCCCGGAAACAUCACCGCAGGUCCACGCGUGUGCGUUCCCGCCAGGAGAGGGCCAGUCGGCCCCGACUGACCAUCCUGAAUGUGUGCAACACGGGUGACAAGAUGGUGGAGUGCCAGUUGGAGACGCACAACCACAAGAUGGUGACAUUCAAGUUUGACCUGGAUGGGGAUGCGCCUGACGAGAUCGCUACCUACAUGGUAGAGCACGACUUCAUCCUGCAGGCCGAGCGGGAGACGUUCAUUGAGCAGAUGAAGGAUGUCAUGGACAAGGCAGAGGAUAUGCUCAGUGAGGACACGGAUGUGGACCGUGCCUCCGACCCCGGGGUGAGCCCGCCACACCUCAGCACCUGUGGCCUGGGUGCUGGGGAGGAGAAUCGCCAAUCCCAAGCAAACGCCCCAGUGUACCAGCAAAAUGUCCUGCACACUGGGAAGAGGUGGUUCAUCAUCUGUCCGGUGGCCGAGCACCCAGCAGUAGAGGCCCCCGAAUCUUCACCCCCACUUCCUCUGAGCUCCCUGCAGCCAGACACCAGCCAAGAUUCAGCACCCUCUAAAGACCAGCUAUCCUCCAAGGAGAAACCCAGCUUCUCAACUGAUCUGCAGCUUCUGAGCCAAGCAGGCCCCAGGGACCUUCCUGGUGGUGCACCAGCCCCUUUGGUGCCGUCAUCCCCUCCCGUGACUGCUCUGUCCCAAGACAUGGCCCCACCAGCUGCCAGUCCUAAGCUGGAGCCAGCAUCGGGGCCUGCCAUGCAGGCAGGGGGCCCAGGAACCCCUCAGGGGCCGGCCAGUGAGCAUAAGACUCCCUGGCCACUAAUGGAGACUCUUGAUGCUCAUCUUGUUGCACAGUCCCCUGACAUGGGCCGAGGGCCUUGUGCCCCACCUUUGGAGGCCCCCCUUCACCCCAUGGGUCUGGGGGAUCCUGCCUUAGCCAGAGAGCCCAUCACCAAGGGGGAGCCCCUGUCAGCUUUGGCCCCCACAUCUGCUGCCCCUGGUGGGGCCCCUCAGCCCACUGUGAGCCAGCCCCUUCCCCCACUCCCCACUGUGGUAGGAGCAAUCAGUCUGGCCACUCCCCAGCUCCCCAGUCCCCCACUGGCACCCACCGCCCCUCCUCAGCCACCUUCAGCCUUGGAGUCAGAUGGAGAAGGGCCGCCCCCAAGGGUGGGCUUUGUGGACAGCACCAUCAAGAGCCUGGACGAGAAGCUGAGGACUCUGCUCUACCAGGAGCACGUGCCCACCUCCUCAGCCUCGGCCGGGACCCCUGUGGAGGCAGGUGACCGAGACAUCACCCUGGAACUCCCAAGAGGGGAUGAGCCCCGUACAGAGGCCUCUGGGGGCAGUCUGGCCCUGCUGCCCCAGCCUGCGUUGGAAAAGUCAGAAAUGGCCCCUGGAUUAGAGGUCACACUGGAGCAGUCCGUGUCCUCGUCAGUGACAGCUGAAUCAUCUUUGAGCCACACGCUUGGCCGUGAGGGAGCACAGGUGGCCUCAGAUUUGCUCGCAGCACCCAGUGCCCCCCAGGAUGUCCCUGCUUCUGCCAUCCCUGCCCAUCUGGAGCCCACAGACCGGACCAGCAGGGUCCCUGGGGAAACCUUGGCCGAGUCCAUGCAGAGCUGCCCGGGGACGUUGAUUGAGGGUGGCAAGGACAGCCAACCCCAGCCUCACAGCACUCUGGUAUCAGGAUCCCCUCCGAAGUGGCCAGGGCAGCAGGAUGGCAGCUCGCCAGCCAAAACCGUGGGCCGGUUCUCAGUGGUCAGCACCCAGGAUGAGUGGACUCUGGCCUCCCCCAAUAGCCUGCGGUACUCAGCCCCACCUGACGUUUACCUGGACGAGGUUCCCUGCAGCCCAGACAUGAAGCUGGCUGUGCGGCGGGCACAGACGGCCUCCUCCAUCGAGGUCGGCAUGGAAGAGCCCAUGUCCAGUGACUCUGGGGACGAGUCCCCUCGCAGGAGGCCUUCUGUGCAGCAGCAUGCCUCCCUGCCCAGCAGCAGUGGUGGUGUAGCCAGUGACUUUGUGAAGAAGGCCGCUGCCUUCCUGCAGAGGUCCUCUCGGGCUGGCUCCCCAGGCCUGGAGACACCCAGCAGGAUGGGCGUGAAGGUCCCCACCAUCAGCGUGACCUCCUUCCACUCCCAGUCAUCCUACAUCAGCAGUGACAACGACUCAGAGAUUGAGGAUGCUGAUAUCAGGAAAGAGCUGCAGAGUCUUCGAGAGAAGCAUCUGAAGGAGAUCUCAGAGCUACAAAGUCAGCAGAAACAGGAGAUUGAGGCCCUGUACCGCCGCCUAGGCAAGCCGCUACCCCCCAACUUAGGCCUCUUCCACACGGCCCCACCCAUCGGCCGCCGGAGAAAGACCAGCAAGAGCAAGCUGAAGGCGGGGAAGUUGCUGAGCCCCCUGGUGCAGCAGCUCAAGGUCGUGGCCUCCAGCACAGGUCACUUGUCAGACUGCAGCAGAGCCCCUCCUGCUAAGGACCCUGCCCAAGCUGGGGCAGGGCCCACAGCAGCUUCAGACCCAUGUGGGAAGGCAGUUCAGACUCAGCAGCCUUGCUCCGUGCGGGCCUCCCUGUCUGCAGACAUCUGCUCCGGCUUGGCCAGUGAUGGAGGCGGAGCGCAUGGCCCAGGCUGGACGGUUUACCACCCAACGUCUGAGAGAGUGACCUAUAAGUCUAGUAGCAAACCUCGCGCUCGAUUCCUCAGUGGACCCGUGUCUGUGUCCAUCUGGUCUGCCUUGAAGCGUCUCUGUCUAGGCAAAGAGCACAGCAGUCGGUCCUCCACCAGCAGCCUGGUCCCGGGCCCUGAGCCGGGCCCCCAACCUGCCCUGCACAUCCAGGCGCAGGUGAACAACAGCAACAACAAGAAAGGCACCUACGACGACCUGCACAAGCUGGUGGACGAGUGGACAAGCAAGACGGUUGGGACCACACAACUAAAGCCGUCACUCAACCAGUUGAAGCAGACGCAGAAAUUGCAUGACAUGGAAGCCACAGCAGGCUGGCCCCUGGCCUCUGGCGAGGCACGGGCUAUGAACACCUCUCGAACAGCAAUGGGGAUGCCAUGUCUGGCCCCGGUACCCAGCCCUGUACCCACCGUGGUCAUUCCUGGAGCUGCCUCAGCCCUUCCUGUGCCCAUGCCAGAUUCUGAAAGUGAGAAGCCCGACUGAGCCCAGGCAGGCCGACCCAGACCCAGACGCCAGGCCCUGUGUCAUCUCACGCAGAGAAGGCGAGCCCACGCCUCGUGUCCGGUUCACGAUGUUUUGUAAUCACUUUCUAAGCAUUUUUUAUUCACAAUUGGAAACACAAAUGUAAGCAAGAAUAAAAAAAUAUUUUGGGGGAAACAGGA